ACCAGAUCAACCGACCAGGUUUGGGUGGCACUGAUGGUGCUCAUGGCAGCGAGCAUGGCAUUCGGUGCCCUCUACGACCACCUGGCGCUCAGAUGGUCGUUGCCCGACGCCAUGAAUCGCCAUGAGGGGGCCGUCGGGUCUCGGACCUAUUACUUCCGCCCAGACUGGAUCCUCAAAGUGCUGCUUCUCGAAUCCAUCGACCUGGUGCCAACGUCCAUCACAGGCCGGGUGUUGCUGGGCACGUGGAUGGUGGUCUCCCUCAUCCUCACCUCGGCCUACCAGGGUAUCCUGACUUCCCUCCUGGCGGUGCCGAUGGUGGAGGUGCCCGUGGAUUCCUUGCAGGACCUCUUAGACUACGGCAAAAUCCCUUGGUCGGUGGAGCAUGGCACCUCGAUCCACCAACUCCUCGAUGAAGAAAAUUCGGAAGUCUACAAGAUGAUCAACAGCAAAGUUUUCUACAUAAAAAGCUCCUUUGACGAGAAAGACCGCAUGAAGGAAAAACGCUUCGCUAUUCUCUGCGAUUUUUUCUCGAUGAAAAUGAUCAUGAGCGACGACUACGGGCAGACGGGCGAGUGCAACUACUACAUCGCCAAGGAGGCCAUCUGGUCCGCCUCGAUGGCCUUCGCCUUCCCCAAGGGCAGCAACCUCACCUCGCACUUUAACAAAUGGAUAAUGGCGAUGAAGGAGUCUGGUCUGGUAAAUCGGCGCCUUUGGGCGGCAGCCAGGAACGCGACUGCCUGCUUGGUGCCCCCGGGACAGGAGGCGGGCUCGAAAACUUCCAGCGUUCUCUCCGUCCUCGAUCUCGGCGGGGUGUUCCUCGUAGGGGUAGGAGGAAUGGCCUCGAGUAUAUUCUUGUUCCUGAUGGAGAAGCUCGUGAACUGCCAGCGUAUCCGAUCACGUCCCCCCUGA